AUGUUAAAGGUAGCAAUCUUCUAUAACUAUUACUUAUUCACAAAUACUAUAUUUUAUUUAGCAGAUUGUAGCUUCAAUGGAUGCCAGAAAUAUUUUUAUGAAAAACUGGCAGAUGCAGUUUUGUAUUGUACUCCAGGAUAUACAUCUUUCCCAAAAGAUGGUAUUUCUUCAGAGAAGAAUGAAAACUUAAAUGCUUUCUUUAAUCAGUAUAAAAGACGAUUUUUUGAACGACGUAGCCUGAAAAGACCAGUCUACACACUAAAACUUGACCAAGAAGGUAAGAUUGUCCGUGACAAAAAUGGCAUCCUUGUUGUUUUGGUCAACAGUUAUGUUCAAGGAGAGCUUAAGACUACAAAGCAACUUCUCUACAGAGAGGCUGUAGAUGGUGUAUUAAGCAGUUUACACUACAUUAAAGGUGUCCUUGGAGAGGAUACUUGCCUCCCUGGAGGGGUGAAUGCCUUGAGUAGGCUAUUCAAUCAAAAAUAUGUAUUUAAGGGUAUUUUCAACCUUAUUAGGGCCUUCUUGGCUCGAUGCUCAACAUGUCAGGUCAACAACCCCUUGCCAAUGCGAGUGCUUCCCCCUCCUGUCCCCAUUAGAUCUUUUCGCCCCCAUUCCAGACUACAGUGUGACCUUAUUGACAUGGCCCCAAAGAAGCACCGUAGUUUUAUGCAGAAUAAUUGUUGGAGCUACCGUUACAUUCUAACAGUCAAGUGCUGUUUCUCGAAGUUUUGUUGGCUGUUCCCGUUAAAAACAAAGUCUGCAGAAGAAGUGUAUGCCGUUCUGAAGGCCUUGUUCAUCAAGGAAGGGUCACCUACUGUAAUUCAGUCAGAUAAUGGUGGUGAAUUCAUUGGAGAGGUAGUGCAAAAACUUUGCAAAGAAUUUGAAGUUUGCAUGGUUCAUGGUAGGCCACACCACCCACAGUCUCAAGGCCAGAUAGAAAAUCUCAACAAGCAAGUCAAAAGGUUACUUGCAAGGUUUUUACAACAGUUGCCUAGAGAUCUUCAGGCCAAUGUCUGGCCUUUACUACUCUCUGCUAUUGCAGAGAAUUGCAAGUGGCACAGCACAAUUAAUGAUGUGCCUUUUCGAAUAUAUAAGAACCGUGAGCCUUCCUGCUUGGUGGACUACAUCAUCCCAGAUGAUA